AUGGCGGAACCUCAGCAUUUUUUGCCCGUUUAUUCCGCUCCAGAGGGUCACGACUCCGCACCCGGGCCAGAUGGGAAAUCUGAUAGCGAGAACCUUUCGUCGUUCUCCUUCCACGGCUUUCAAGUCUGGUACGGGAGGCCAAAGCGCGCCUCGUUUCUGGGCACCUUCGGUGCAAAGCUCCGCCAAGCACACGAACAUUGGCCGUACGCCCGCAGGCUCUUCUCCGACAUCUUCAAGAGGGAUCGCCGUCUCGUUCUAAGCUAUAUCAUCUCCGUAAUGGUCCUCACUAUUGCCCCCGCCAUCUCGCUCUGCGCCUCUUUCGGCCUGUUGCUCCUUAUCGAGCGCGGCCUAAACAAUGGCACAGCAUUCCACGUCUUGAUCGAUGGACUUCGUGUUUAUGCUCCUCUAUGGUUUGGUCUAAUGUUUAUUUAUAUACACGCAAAGCACACAAGUGUGGGGCUUGAGUUGAGACUUCAAUCACAUCUCAGAAGGUUCUGGGAUGGGUUAAUUCGGAAGAGCUUGGAGUUGAGUAUCGACAAGUUCAAUCGAUAUUCGAUGGACUAUAACUGUGCACUCCCCAACGAGAGUUCUUUCGCACUUUCGGCACCGUGUGAGGCAUUCGUGCAUGACAUGGUUGAAAUUCCCUGCGAAAUGCUGCUGCUUGGAUUGCAAAUACUCGCCUUAAUCGUAGUCUGUGCCAUUCGUGGUGUAGACGAGUCCCGUCUACUCCUAGUUUUUGCGGGCCUCCAGCCCCUCAUAAUUUGGUUUUGCCCCACUAACAUAACCCAUGGCCAGGGAUUCACCUUUCGAAACGCGAAUCCGGCGUUUUAUCACCUUGCCGAACUCGCUGAACUCGCAAGCAAUCUACGUAUUCGACGAACUUUAAUGAAAGAUAACGCCUGCACGGCUCUCGCUGAAAGCUACAGCGCGGCCUCAGCGCAACUUGUGCGAGGUAAUAUUCCUCCUCAAAGAUUUGCCUAUGCAGUCGCCGGAGCAUUUGCGUGGCCAUGGUCCCUGUUACGAGGCCUCAUAGUAGACGAACCCAUCGUUCUUGGCGUCUUUCUCUUGCCCUGGUCUCAACCAGCUUCCUCGCUUGUUACGAUCAUUCUCCUCCAACAGACUACGCAGCUCCUGCGCAGUUUACGCGGUCAAGAUGCAACGAGCUCCUUCGACAAGUUCAUCGCAAGUCUAGUUUGGGCGAAAACGGGUUAUUACGAUGUUAUGGCAUUGUCGAAUUUUCCAAGCGGGACACUUUCCUAUCCAUCACCUUUCUCUAGUCCUGCCGGAAUGAAGAUUGAAUUUAGAAAUGUUGCACUCACCCAUGGCCCGCAUUUCGCAGACGAGAUCAAAGAACCUGCCGUGAAGAAUCUGUCAUUUACCAUCAAUCCCGGCAAUCUUGUGGUUGUCGUCGGUGCAAAUGGAGGGGGCAAGUCAUCGGUGCUUGGCCUUUUGACCAGGACUUGGGAGGCGUCCGAGGGUGAAAUCCUAAUUGACGACAAGCUUGUCGAAGAGUAUGAUUUGGCUCAACUUCGCGGCGCCAUCACUGCUGUCGAACAGGAUGAGGACUUGUAUCCUGGUGUCACCCUCCGAGAAAGCAUAUUCUUGGGGUUGGAUUGCAGCAGUGCUAGUGAACAGGAGAAGGUUCUCACCCAGGCAGCACAUUUGGGAUGCGCAACAGAAAUCAUCAAACGUCUGCCUCGCCACUGGGACACGGUCAUUUACCCAACUUCGGAGACAUACAGCUCGGAAGGUACUGGACUCACACAGCCAGCACUUGCAGCCUUCCGUCAAGUCGAACGUCAGAUGCCUCAGAAGUUUUCUGGUGGUGAAAUGCAGCGAUUGACAGCAACUCGAAUGUUUGCUCGCUUGCUUCUUCUGAAAGUAAGAGCGAGACUGAUCGUGUUUGAUGAGGCGACAAGCAAGAUGGAUCCGUUGGCGGAACGGGAGAUUCUUACAUCGCUGAACGGCCAGCGGAAUGGUAGGACCAUCGUCAUUGCCACCCAUGAUUAUGGGCGAUUGGUCAAAGAGGCGGAUCUUGUUCUGGUUAUGAAGGAGGGUCAACUGGUGGAAGUGGGGACGCAUGAUGCACUUUUGUGGCUCGAGGGAGAAUAUGGGAGACUUUAUAAGGCACAUGCAGAGGGGGUCGUUGCGUAG